AUGGGUGGCUGGGCGAUUUUUUGCGCUAUCUGUGGAGGUCCAUUCUCCAGCCAAGUCGACAUUGACUGCGAAGGGACCGACGAAAGGGCCUAUCGUUUCGACAUCCUCGAGGACUGUAACCUUGAGUGGCUCGACGAACUACGUGCCCUAGGCAUGAAUCCCAACGCUAUCGGAAGUGACAAGUCGUUUCUGACAGGAUCUGGUCGGUACUUUGACUAUGGUGGAAUUGAAGUCGUUGCUGGGAAUCACCCGAACAUCCCAUACCCGGAGAACGAGAUUGUGCCCAUGGUAGCAUAUCACGACUUUGCGGAAAUCGGCCAACCGCAUGUGUUUCCCUUUCACUCCGUUUGCUACGAGAUUCUCAAGAGAUGCAUUUCCCUGAGGGAACGAGGGGAAAUUCGAAAUAAUAAGCUGUACCAGAUCUUUGAACAGGUCAACAGCGGCCGGUACGUCCGGCUGCAACUUGACUAUGGCGACCCAGACCCGCCCGCAGAGCAGGUGUGGGAGACUCUCCGAGGGCAAGAGAUUCUGGUAGUAAAUUCAGUCGACAUACCGGAGCUCGAAUCAGAGAUCAACGAUAUAAGGUGCUUGUUGUGCAUGAAGACCUACCUGGAUAAGGGGACGAAGAUCCAGAAAGAAGACAUUUUCAGUCGUCUUCCGAUCGAACUGCGACAUGAAAUCUUCAAGCACAUUCACCCAGAAUCGAUUUUGGCUCUCAAUGCCGCCUCGCGGGCCAUGCACACCACCUUGGUUCCGCGCUCCAUGUGGGAGGCCAAGUUAGUCGAUACAUAUCCAUGGCUGUGGGAGGUGUUUGAACUCUCGGUUUUUCAAUCGCAAAGGAUUGAGGAGAAAGCGUUUAGGCUGCUACUCGCUUGCAGGGAGCAUGGUGAGCCUACGGGCAGAAGAUAUGGCUAUACCCUGGGCCUUGCCAACAGGAGAAGGAUUUGGGGAGUACGGCUGGUACUAGUCUAUCCUCUACCCAAGUCUACAGCAGCAUCAGAUAAUCUUCUAUAUUUUCUUGUCACUUACAUGGCCCAUUACGACUUGGUAUUUGCCGAUGAGAAGCAACGAUUAUAUAUCUUAGCUGUUCUGGAAGAUGAGGCGCCCUCUGGGGUUUCCAACUAUAUAAUAGGUAAAGAUACUGAGAUGAGUAACCACUACUCUGAUCUGGAAACUGCGAGUGAAGUCGACUGCGAGUCAGAUACAUCUAAUAUUACGGAUAACGGUAAAUACUAUAUUCUUCCUGCUAUUAUAACCCUCCUUCACACGAAAGCAUUGGCUAUCGACGAUAAUAUAUUUGUUGCGAUAAUAAAAAAUAUAGUGGAUAUCUAUACUGUGUUUAUUUCUGCGCACCGGAGAGAUAUUCAGAUAAAUAUAAAGAGAGAUAAACUGGAUAUUCUAAUAUUUCAGAAGCCCGAGUGUACUGCAGAAGGCUAUUAA